UCAUCUCCAUUUUCUUCCAUCACUUCCUCCACAACUUCAUACCCACGUCUUAAAAUACCUUCUUUACCCUUUUUCUCUUGAGAAUUCGUAUCACCGGAAAAUGGCUGAAGAAACCAAGAAACCUGCUUCUGAUGAGACUACGCCAGCGACAACUGUGUCUGAUGUCCCUGUGCAGGAAAAGGAACCUGAACCGGUACCUGUUCCUGAGACACCCGAAAAAUCUGCUGCUCCGGUGACGGAGGAAACUGAUAAGGAAAAAGCUCCAGUUACUGAAUCUGCUUCUUUUAAGGAAGAGAGCAAUAAAGUUGAAGAACUACCAAAUCCUGAACAAAAGGCUUUAGCGGAGUUGAAAGAGUUGGUUCAAGAUGCUCUGAACAAACAUGAAUUCACUGCUCCUCCGGUCAAGGAGGAGGAAAAGAAACCAGAGGCUGAAUCAGUAGCUGUUGCUGUGGCAGAGGAGGAGAAAAAGGAAGAAUCUGCUGCUGAGGAACCCACCACCGAUGCUGCACCGGCAACCGCAGAGCCGGUGAAGGAAGAACCACCAGUUCCAGCAGCUGUGGUAGAAGAGAAGAAAGAAACUCCACCUGUAGUGGAAGAGAAGAAAGAAGUUCCACCUGUUGUGGAAGAGAAGAAAGAAACUCCGGCGUCAGCAGAGCCAUCGGAGACGGUUGAUAAAGUGACUGAAAAGGUUACAGCAGAGGAGGAGGAUGGUUCUAAAGCCGUUGAAGAAAUCAAAGAGACGAUUGUUGAAGUGACUGCCACCAGUACUGCACCGGUGGAGGAGGAUGCAGCAGUUCCGGCAGAAGAAGUCGCAGCAACAGAGGAAGAAGUUUCCAUCUGGGGAAUUCCCUUAUUAGCUGAUGAAAGAAGUGAUGUGAUCCUUCUCAAGUUCCUCAGAGCCAGAGAUUUCAAAGUGAAGGAAGCUUUUGCUAUGCUGAAGAGUGUGGUAGCAUGGCGUAAGGAGUUUAACAUUGAUGAACUUUUGGAAGAAGAUCUGUCAGGAUUAGGACUAGAAAAAGUGGUGUACAAUCAUGGUGUGGACAAGGAAGGACAUCCAGUUUGUUACAAUGCAUUUGGGGCAUUUCAGGACAAUGAAUUGUAUCAGAAUACUUUUGCUGAUAAGGAGAAAAUGGACAAGUUUCUUAGAUGGCGUAUUCAGUUCAUGGAGAAAUCAAUCAGGAAUCUUGAUUUUAGCCCUGAUGGCAUAUGCACUUUUGUUCAGGUUAUUGAUCUCAAAAAUUCACCUGGACUUUACCUUUACAAGAAAGAACUUCGCCAGGCUACCAACCGUGCACUUCAGUUACUCCAGGACAACUACCCUGAAUUUGUUGCCAAGCAGGUGUUCAUCAAUGUGCCAUGGUGGUAUCCAGCUUACUACAGGAUGAUCAAUGCACUUUUCACUACCAGGACCAAGAGCAAGUUUGUGUUUGCUGGUGCUUCAAGAUCUGCUGAGACUCUCUUCAAAUACAUUGUCCCUGAGCAAGUUCCAGUUCAAUACGGUGGACUUAGCAGGGAGGGUGAACAGGAAUUCACCAUUGCUGACUCUGCCACUGAGGAUACCGUUAAGCCUGCUUCCAAACACACCAUUGAAUUUCCAGUUACUGAGAAGAGUAAUUUUGUGUGGGAAGCAAGAGUAGUAGGAUGGGAUGUGUGUUAUGGAGCUGAAUUUGUGCCAAGUGCUGAAGGUGGAUACACGAUCAUCGUCGAGAAAUCAAGAAAGAUUGCAGCAGCAAAUGAAACGGUGAUCACCAACAACUAUACCGCGCCAGAAGCAGGGAAGAUGGUGCUUACAUUUGAUAACCAAACAUCUAAGAGGAAGAAGCUUGUCUACAGAUCCAAGGCCAAGUCUUCUGAUUAAAGACAAACAGAUUAUGUUGUUGAAAAAGCUUGCAAAGGGAGAAAGGGUUCUGUUAUUUUGUUCUUUCAUAGCUUUUAAAAAUUCUAUUUUUCUUGUUGAUAUUAAAUUUAAUUUUGAGUGUGGGAUAUUUAUUUGUUUUUGGAUUGUUUUGCUACAAGUAAGUAAAGGGUUUGCAAUGGAUGGAGAAGAAGAAAACAAUGUAUACAGAAUGUGGUUGUAAUAUGUUGGUUGGAAUGUGGACAGAAAAACUUUGAUUACUAGCUCUUGUCUUGAUA